AUGGAACUUCUAGACUGUGUAGAUGCAAUUACUAAAAAGUAUGGAAAUAUUACUCGUCUUAUCUUAGGAACAAAUGUGUUCGUAGUACUUUCAAAACCCGAAGAUUAUAGGCUUGUGCUUACGAACGUAAAUGGUACCUACAAAAGAUCGGUGACCAAAACAUGGGAGGUAAUAACUGGUGACGGAAUUAUCAGAACUUCAGGUGCAACUCACAAACUUCGACGAAAAAUAAUACAUCCCUUGUUGAAUCUCAAGUAUUUAUCCGAAUAUGUAACAUUUUUCGAUAACUUUAGCAAUCUUUGUGCAGACGCUAUAGAAAAAAAUGUCGAUGGACAAAUGUUUGAUCUGAAACCGCAUAUAAUGCAAUACUCAUUUGAUAUAUUAUUACUCGAACACUCAUAUAGCAGAGCAAUAAAACCGUGGCUACAGUUGGAAUGGAUUUUUUCUCUGACUGAAAACGGAAAAGAAACAUAUACCGCUCAAAAGAUUAUGCUGGAUUUCAUUUACAACAUAUCACCAGGAAAGGCAGCAAACCGUACUGCUUCACAAUAUAACAAUAAUUACAAUGUAACAGACCAUUUCCAAGAGAUAAAAUCUAUUUUUAAGAAUUAUUGGGAUUAUGUGGCACGAGAUGAUGUUACGAAAUCCUGUGCAGUGAGCGAAGAGAACUUCUUAGACGAUCUUUCAAGUUUUUUUUCUGCUAUUGUAAAUACUGUUACGGAAAUGACAUCCUUUACUGUGCUUAUGCUGGCAACACAUAUAGAUGUACAAGAAAAACUGCGACAGGAAAUAUCAGCCACAUUUAAUAAUGAUAAGGUUGAUGCCCAACGACUCUUUGGCAUGCAAUAUUUUCAUAUGGUGUUUCAAGAAACUUUAAGAUUGUUUCCUAUAUCACCUACCAUUAUGCGUCAACUUACAGGAGAUAUAGAACUUGAAUCGUGUACUUUGCCGGAGGGAUGUUACAUUAUGAUUCCAAUAUUUACCAUUCAUCGUAAUCCUGCGUACUGGCCUAAGCCGUUGGAAUUUAUUCCUGAACGAUUUUCGGCCGAAAAUUCGUCAAGUCGGUUUCGUUAUACAUAUAUUCCGUUUGGUACAGGCCUCAGGGAUUGCAUAGGUCAGAGAUAUAUACUUUUAUCCGUGGCGACGAUAGUUGUAAAUCUGAUCCGACGAUUUCGAUUUCUGACGACUGGCAGCGUAGAUGACAUUAAAGUGACAGCCGACUUCUUGUUUCGAGCUCGAGAUGUCAAAAUGUCUAUAUCUCGUGUGAGUUAUUAAUAACAGUGAUUUUUACAAUAAUUAAUAACAUUUUAAUUAAUUAAUAUGAAUUUUAAUAAUUAUAACAAUUUAUUAUUUUAAUUUUUGUGAGUCGAUCUCACAUAUGUUCACAAGUACUAUAAAUAUACACUAUAUAGUAUGAAUUAUUUUUAUACUAUAGUAUAUCUCUACUUGAAAAGAAACAUGUGAACAUUUCUUUUCAAGUGUACAACAAAGAAUAACUUCGAAAUAAAUUAAUUCUAUCAA